AUGAUAAAAUACUGUUAAUUUCAUUAAUGGGAGGAGGAAAAAUAUAUCUGUAUUCACAAAACAAGGCUAUAAAAGGAAGAUAACAAAUUUUCAUGCCAUAAAUGUUUAGACUGGAAAAAAUCAAACAAUUAUAUAAAGAGCAUGAAGGAAGUUGAAGAAGAGGCAAAAUAAAAUAUUGUGAAAUUUGUGGAAAUGUAAACCAAAAUAAUAAAUUCUAAUAAUGAAAUGAAGUAAAAAUAUCUAGAAUCAUUAACUGAGCUUUGUCAGAAGAUAAAUCAAUAUUUUCAAAAAUAAUAAAAGUCCGUAACUUCCUUAGUUGAACAAUAAAAUCAAAUACUAACACAAAACAUUAACUAAGCUAAUUCACUUUUAAAUGAACAAUCUGUUUUGGAUUCUCAAUCAAUUGACAAUUUCAUUAUUUUUACAACUUUAAAUGAAGCAAAUUAAAAAAUAAUUGAAAAUAACUAUAAUAAUAUCAAUAAAUGUUUAGAAAGAUAAUUUAAUUAUGAAUUUGCUGAAAUCUAAUGUAAAGUAAAUUAAUUUACAAAUUUGGAAUUUAAAUUUGAUUCUAUUCCAAAAUAUGAAGUUGAAUAAUUCAAAAUUUUAACUGUUGAUAAAGAAAAAGAUAAACUACAAUAUUGCAAAGACCACUAAAUGGAAAAGAACUGUAUUUGUACACAUGAAGAUUGUUUGAAAGAGAAAAAAAAAGAAUAUCUUUGUUUAGGAUGUUCAAUGAAUUCUCAUAGUUAACAUUUUAAAGGUAAUUUUAUAAAAACUGUAAAAAAAAUAAAGACUGAGCAGAAUGAGAAACUGAAAAUAAUUAAAGAAUAAUAUGAAAUGCUUAAAUAAGAAGUUGAAAACAGAAUUGAUAAAGAAUUAACAACAAAUUAAUAAAAAUAAUAGGAAAAUUUUGUUAAUUCUUAAACAACAAGAGAAAAUCUCAAACAAUUAGAAGCUCAGAUUAAAAUUAAUCCUUUCAAUUAAAAACCAAAUUACACAUAUUAUAAUAUUGACUAGAAUUUAUUAUCAUAUGAUUAAGAUAUGAUCAAAUUAGAGUUUUAAUCAAAAUUAGAUUAAUUGGAAUAAUUAAAAUAACAAAUUACAAAAUAAGAAAAGAAGAGUUUAAUUAAUAAUACCAAACUACUGAAGAGCAAUCAUUAACUUAUAAGUAAGAAACAUUUAAAUUAAAAAAAUUAGUGUAAUAAUAUGAAAUUUAAAUUUCAGAGUUAUAAAAUAAAUUAGAAGCUAAUUCUAGUGAAUCAAUAAUAGCAGAAAUCAAAAAAUCUUAAAAAUUAUUGAUUGAGGAAUCUCUUAAAUAAUCAUAAAAGUAAUUUAUUGAAGGAGUAAAUGAGAUCAAAUAGUAAAUAUAAACUUUUCCAAAAGUUGUUACUGAAAGUAAACAAUUUAGUUCUCUUUAAUCAGACUUGAACAAUGUUAUUACAAUUAUUAAUAAAAUAAACUAACAAAGUUUAUAGAUACCAAAUUCACAUUAAGAAUUAAAAAAUUCAAUUAAUGGUUAAGAAGGGAUAAAAUAAUAAAUUACUAAUCUAUCAAAUUUAAAUUAAGAUCUAAAAGUUAUGUUUAAAGGGAUGAAUGAGAUCAAAUCAUCCAUUUUAAACAUCCCAAAACUUGUUCUUGAAAGUAAACAAUUUAGUUCUCUCUAAUCAAACACAACAGAUAUGAUAAAUCGAAUAAUUUAAUUGACCAUUAAAGUUUCAACUCCAUAAAUUGUUUAUUAACCAUAAUAAAUUUUAAAUAAUUAAUAAGGGUUAAACGAAUAGCCUAUGGGUGCUGGUAGUUUUCAAUAAAAUCAGGGCUUCCAUUAUUACUAACAGAAUAAUAGCAAAAGAUGA